GCUGCCGCGGCUGCCGCUCGCAGGGCGCGGACGGUGUGGUGCCGGGGCGGGUGGCCGCUGGCCGGAGGUCACUCGGCGCCGGGGUGCAGCAUGGCCGCGGCUGUGGCGUUCGGGGGACCCGCGGGAUGGUGGCGUUGGCACAGGCGGGGCCGUGCCGCCGGCGCGGCGAUGGUGUGUUUUAGGGCAAUGGCUUCCAAAACCCCAGUUGGAUUCAUUGGGCUGGGUAACAUGGGAAAUCCAAUGGCAAAAAACCUGGUAAAACAUGGAUAUCCAGUUAUUACAUAUGAUGUGUUCCCAGAAGCUUGCAAAGAAUUUCAAGACUUGGGUGCUCAGGUAACAGAUUCCCCAGCAGAUGUAGCAGAAAGAGCAGACAGAAUUAUUACCAUGUUGCCUUCUAGUCCCAAUGCGAUAGAAGCUUACACAGGAGCAAAUGGAAUUUUGAAGAAAGUGAAGAAAGGCUCAUUGCUAAUAGAUUCCAGUACUAUAGACCCUGCAGUUUCAAAAGAAUUAGCCAAAGCAGUUGAAAAAAUGGGAGCUGUUUUCAUGGAUGCCCCAGUUUCUGGAGGUGUUGGAGCUGCUCGAGCUGGAAACCUUACUUUCAUGGUAGGUGGAGCGGAACAAGAAUUUGAUGCUGCCAAAGAGUUGCUGACGUGCAUGGGUUCUAAUGUGAUCUACUGUGGAGAGGUUGGAACUGGACAGGCUGCAAAGAUCUGCAACAACAUGCUUUUGGCAAUCAGCAUGAUUGGAACUGCUGAAGCUAUGAAUCUUGGAAUCAGAUUAGGCCUUGACCCAAAGCUGCUGGCCAAAAUCCUAAAUAUGAGCUCAGGUCGCUGUUGGUCAAGCGACACGUACAACCCUGUUCCUGGAGUGAUGGAAGGAGUCCCAUCUGCUAAUAAUUAUCAAGGAGGCUUUGGAACAACACUCAUGGCUAAGGAUCUUGGCUUGGCCCAGAUUUCUGCCACCAACACAAAGACACCAGUACCUCUGGGAUCCCAGGCACAUCAGAUCUACAGGAUGAUGUGUGCAAAAGGUUAUUCCCUGAAAGACUUCUCAGCUGUGUUCCAGUUUUUACGUGAGGAGGAAGCCUUGUGAGCUGUCCUUUGGAAAUGGACACAAUAACAAAACACAUUUUUUUUAUCCUUAUAAUUUGUUUGAGAGAUAUGUGGGUUCUGUGCAUCUUGAUCCCAUGCAGACUCAUUGUCUUUGGUUGUCUAGAUCACAACAACCUCCAGGGUCUUUUGAUAGUUCUGGAAAAAGCAAAUCAGAGAAGGGGAGGAGCAGGAAGGAAGGACUGUUUGGCAAUUAGCCAGACUGUGUUUUCUUUCUUUUAUUUUUUUCUUUUUUUUUUUCUUUUUUUUUUCCUCUAGAUGCAAUAAAUAAAUAUUUUUUUAUAAGACAUUUUACUGUUUGCAUAUAAAAUAACUUUCAUUGUGGCUACUGACUUAGUUGACUCUUGAAUAGUAAGAGAAUGUUAUAUAGUGAUUUUAUGAUAUGUAGUAAUCUAUUAAAAUUAAAAAUCAAUACUUUAUGGAAAAAGGGAAGAUUUGUUCGAUGGAAAAACACAGCUUGAAAUUGAUUUUUUUUUUCCUUGGACAUUCUAGCCUUGAGUUAUUCAGUAGUGACUUUUUCUUGGGAUCCAGGUUGCAGAUUAUGUUUAUAGGCACGUGUUUCUAAGUGGAAAGCUGUUACAGCAUGUUCACCCGAUCGACUUAGUUAAAAUAACAUGUGUGUUCCUCUUGUAAAGAUCCAUUACUGUAUUUUGCUAACCCAAUUUUAUAUUUUCUUGUAUUCUCUCACACAUUUUCAGGCCUCAAGAACAGCACUUACUUAUCAGAAGUUCUAAUGAAGUGUACAUUUGUUUUAGGUAUUUACUGAAGUAUUUUAAAUCUAAACAAACUCCCUUAUUUUGAAGAGAAAUAAAAAUCUAUACUGGUAAAGAC